AUGACAUGGCCUUUGGUCAUUGUUGGUGCCUCCUAUACUGUUCUCCACUCUUUCAGGACGAGGCGUCUGAGUUUGGGUGUGAAGAUGAAGUACCUCAACAGUGAGGACUACCGGUUCAGAUACUUCACCCAAGGGAAGCCUGGAUCCCGACCAUCUGUGCUGAUGCUUCAUGGAUUCUCACUCAACAAAGACAUGUGGUUAAAUACCAUUGAAAUCUUUCCUAAGGACAUCCAUUUGGUCUGCGUUGAUCUGCCAGGUCACGGGGGAACCACUCGCUUGCUCGCAGAAAGUCACACAGCAGUUGCUCAAGCUAAAAGGAUACACCAGUUUGUCCAGUGUGCUGGCCUGAACCAUAAUCCCUUCCACCUGGUUGGCAUGUCCAUAGGAGGCAUGGUUGCUGGGGUUUAUGCCGCUCUCUAUCCAGCCCACGUCUCCUCUUUAGCACUCCUCUGCCCAGCUGGUCUGAAGAUUCCAAAACAAAGUGAACUCUUUCUGUGGUUAAAACAGUUAAUUUUAUCAAAGGAUUUUGCCGAGAGUGCUCUUGUUUCGGUUACUAAGGAGCAAAUAGAAAAAUUCAUGAAAAUUUGCCUAUACCAACCCAGCUUUUUAAAGAUGCAGCUCCUAAAGGGAUACCUUGAGGAUCGGAAACCAAGCAAGAUGUUUUUUACAUUGUGUUUUCUGGACCUCACCAGCAGUGAAUCGAGGUACAGCCUCCAUGACAACAUGAGGAAAAUCAAAGCUCCCACCCAGAUCAUUUGGGGAAAGGAGGACAAGGUUUUUGAUUCUUCAGGUGCAGAAAUUUUGGCGGCUGCCAUUCCUAAUUCCCAAGUGCAUUGGCUGGAAAAAUGUGGUCACUUCAUAACCCUCGAGAGGCCCAGGAAAUCUGCAAAGCUCCUCUUGGAAUUCUACAAAUCGGUCUGUGACUCAGCCGAGCAGAAGAAGGUGGCCUGA